UCGCACGCCGAGCCCGCUCACGUGGUCCCCCCAGCUGCUUUGCACCACUCGUGCUUGCGCUCCGUCUCCUUCCUCUUCUUCCUGCCGGAUCUCUUUUCUGCUGACUGUGCGCCUCUCAGCCCGUUCACCUCCACCACUACUGUCCACUGUAGCGAGGCCGCCACACCCCCUUCCACACCGGACACCUCCAUCUCCAUACCACAGCGGGGAGCAGAUACGUCCGUCAGGUGGUUUCCUUUUUUCUCUCUUUCCUCUUUUUCUUUCUUUUUUCGCCCUAAUCAGGGACGUUCGUCCCAGGGUCAGCAUCAUGCCUCCUGGGGGGGGGGGGAGAGGAGGGAGAGAGCCCUGGAGCGGGCGGAGCUGACGAGAUCACAUCCUCUCGUCACGUGACCCUUGUCCCAGAAUAAACAAGGACUUGAUUAGUUAAUUACGGAAUGCAUUCGUUAUUAGUUGACGAAAUCGAAACUAAGGAAUAAUUUUCUCUAUUUAUUUGAUUGGUCACUUUACAGAGUUUGUUAUCACAUGACAUUAGUCAGCCAAUCGGGGUGUCCUUCUACAUCCUGUGUUUUUCACAGACAUUGAGGAACUUUUCUUUAUUCCUGUGAAAGUUUUACUGGUGUUAACAGUGACUCACAGUGCUUGUAGAGAUGGACAGCUCCCCUGAGGAAGACUUCCCCAGUGACACAGAGACAGCUAGAGGACAAGAUGUUACCAAGAAGCCAAAGGUAACAGCUGCCAUUUUUUACAAGAGGACAUCAGCAAGGCCUGCUGCCAAGUCAUCCAGUGGCCAAACUUCUAGGCAACCAAUCAGAGACAUCUGCCAUUUGGAGACGGAGACUCUAGCAGAAAAUGAGACAGCCAUUACUGAUGCUGAGGUGGCCCUAAAUGUCCAUCAAGAAGGCUCUGACACAGAAAUAGACAACAUCAUGCAUGUCAGUCCAGCCCUUGCAGAUAUGAACAUUGGCAUUGUAGAAGAGGAGGUACCAUGGUCCAGUAUUGCACCAGAUAAACCUUUUUCGCCACUACUAUUCGUACAUGACAUUGAUGAUGACUAUCAAGAAUCUCAAUCACCACCAUCCUCCUCUGGCUCCAUAGUUGUGGAUACACCCUCCCAUGCAAAGACUGCCACUGUCACCAGUACAAGGACUUUAGCUACUGCUUCCAAGAGCACUCCCCUUCCAGAAAAACCUUCCCCAUCAGCAAAACCCAGUGUCAGUGGUAACCGCAAAUCUAAGGUAUGGGAGCAUUUUAUAACAGUUGGGGAUGGUCGCUUGGCCAAAUGUAAGCUAUGUGGCAAGGAAGUAAGUUGUGGCAAAGUCUUGGGGCAUCUCACCAAUGCAGGAAUGGAUAACCAUCUGAGGACACACCACAAGGCAGUGUUGAUGAUAGAAGAAAGUGGUUUGGCAGCUCCACCAAGUAAAAGAAAGGGAAGUAGUAGUGCUAGUUCCAGUGCUACUAUGAGUUCAGCCUCAGAUAACCUGGAAAAGGGGCAAGGGGCUGAAGCUGUUGUUCAUCCCAGUAAAGGAAACCAGUCCACCAUAGAACAGUUUACUGGUUUUCAUCCCAGGGGGAUUUCCCGCCAACAGUCCCGCAAGAUUACCCGCCUUAUAGGUGAGCAUUUAACAUGGUGGAAGGGGAACCUUUUAAACGCCUUCUAAAGGCACUUGCACCCCAAUAUAUUGUACCAUCACGUACCACAUUCAGCAGAAGUAUAGUACCUGCUUUGUAUAAAUCGUGUGUGGAUCUGCUAAAAGAGGAGCUGGGAAAAGCUGCUGGACAGUCUGUACAUCUAACCACUGACCUGUGGAGUGCUCCCAGUGGCCAGCAUGCUUUCCUAUCAUUGACCGCACACUGGUGGCAGCCCAUUGUCACUGAACUUGCCCAAACCAAAUCAGGCCCAAGAAGCACAGGGGCUGGUGUUGAGAAUACAAAUCAGGGCCACCGCUCAUUCCUCCUCCAUGCAGAGGUAUUGGAUGAGCAGCACAGCUCACAAAACAUAACCAGAGCACUUUAAAAAAUGGUGGAAGAAUGGCUUGGGGAACAUGGAGAUACACAUCCGAAGAUGGGUUUCGUGGUGACUGACGGUGCAGCCAACAUGAUAAAGGCAUUGCGUGAUGGCAACUUUGUAUGUGUGCGAUGCUCUGCACAUGUCCUCCAUCUUGUGGUGAAGGCCGGUUUGGAAGACACCUCAGAGAGCAACACAAAGCUCACAGGAGUUCUGGAUUCAUGUAGAAAAAUUGCAGGGCAUUUUCACCGGAGUGUUAAAGACAGCCACUUACUCAGACGGGAGCAGAGUAAGGCAGGUGUUCCUCAACACAGACUGAAAUAGGAUGUUAGCACCCGGUGGAAUUCCACACUAGAAAUGCUGGAAAGAAUCCUAGAGCAGCAGAAACCCAUGAAAAUUAUAUUGGAAUCACCAGAGCAUUUGGCAGGGAGGAGUGGACCUUAGUUGCUCAGGUGGUGGCUGUACUUAGCCCCUUUCGUGCGGUCACGGAAAACUUAAGCCAGGAGAAGGCAAGUUUGGCGCAAGUCAUCCCUCUCUUUACUCAUCUGUUAACCAAAAUGGAUGCCUUUCUGAAUAACAGAGAGAAGUGGACUGGAGGCUAUAUAGUUGGUGAUGUUGCCACACUGGUAAGGAGACUCCAGGUCCUACUACAGUGUAGGAUUAAAGAGCUGACAGACACUUGCCCUGAUCUAAUGCUAGCCACCAUGUGUGACCCCCGGAUUAAGGGCAAAAUGGCUCUCCAAGCAAAUGCCCUAACAAGCUGGAGGGACAAAUUAAUCAUCAAGGUGUGUGACAGACAGAGACUAUUAGAUGUGGGACAAGAGAGGCAUGAUGAGGAGCAAGAAGCAGAGGAAGAUGAGCCUGCAGAAAUCUCAGCAACCAUCAGCAACACUGCUACAACCUCCUCAAGAGCUGCAGACUUUUGGGCAGAGACAUUGCAAAGCCUGUUUGGACAAACCUGACAACCCUCUCGGAUACCAAGAGACAAGGUGGCAGACAUGGUCAAAAUUUAUGUGUCUGAACCAAAUAUAUUUCCCACUGCCGAUGCCAUGAAAUAUUGGGACGAAAAGAGGGCUAUUUGGCCUGCUCUAAGCAUGGUGGCCCAGGAGCUCCUAUCCUGCCCCCCAACCUCUGUGCAAAGUGAGCAGGUAUUUUCUGUCACCGGGAACAUUCUAUGCCCACAGCGUUCUCAACUGUCCCCUCAGCUCAUGGAGCAGAUGACUUUUUUAAAAGUCAAUUUGCCAAAGUUAGGGUACCCAGCCCUAAACUUUGAAACAAGUUAAAAAGUUGAAGUUACUUCUUCAGUUAAAGUUGAGCACUGCAGUUACCGUUGAGUUCAAGUUUCGUUAACAAGUUGGAAUGUUUUCCCGUUACUACCAGUUGUUUAAAAGUGAAGCAAGUGACAAGCUUAACAGUCCCUUCAAACAGGAUUUAGGAAUCCUAUUGCUGGACCUUGAAGUGGGUGAAAAAAUGGAGUUUCUUUCAGCAAAUCACUGGGCUUGGAACUCUUGUUUUUGUGAUCGGUGGAGUUCAACCAUGGUGCGAUUCAUCCGGCGCAAUUCGCGCGACAUGUUCCUGUUCUCCUUGGCCAGCCUUUGGAUUUCUUUAGCAAGCUGCAGCACUCUCGGAUUCAGGCGACAUAUGAGGACCACCAAGGCCUGUCUCACUCCGACCCUCUGGCAGGAGAUGGUUCCGGAACUCCUGCUCCCACUUCCUGAAUUCCUUGUUUUUUUUUUAUUUUACGCAGGACGGUUGCUUUACAGUCAUAAUACCUGCAUGAGAUAAAGUUUAUUAAAGAGUUUAUCAUACAUUUAAAAUCAAUAAAAAGUUUUGUUGACAAAUGUUACAACUGUUUGAUUUUACUUAUAUGCACAAUUGCAUAUAAGCAACAGAUAUAGCCAGUGUUACCAAAAUGUCUGGUAUGUUAACCCCUUAAGGACUAGGGGUUUUUCCAUUUUUGCAUUUUCGUUUUUUGCUCCUUGCCUUUAAAAAAUCACAACUCUUUCAAUUUUGCACCUAAAAAUCCAUAUGAUGGCUUUUUGUGCCACCAAUUCUACUUUGUAAUGACGUCAGUCAUUUUGCCCAAAAAUCUACGGUGAAACGGGGAAAAAAAUCAUUGUGAGACAAAAAUGAAAAAAAAACGCCAUUUUGUAACUUUUGGGGGCUUUCGUUUCUACGUAGUAAAUUUUUCGGUAAAAAUGACACCUGAUAUUUAUUCUGUAGGUCCAUAUGGUUAAAAGAUACCCCACUUAUAUAGGUUUGAUUUUGUCGUACUUCUGGAAAAAAUCCUAACUUCAUACAGGAAAAUUAAUACAUUUAAAAUUGUCAUAUUCUGACCCCUAUAACUUUUUUAUUUUUCCGUGUAUGGGGCGAUAUGAGGGCUCUUUUAUUGCGCCGUGAUCUGAAGUUUUUAACGGUACCAUUUUUGCAUUGAUAGGACUUAUUGGACUUUGGA